UUGCACCACCAUAUGCAUGUAGUAGUUGCACCACCAUGUGUCAGUACUUGCCACUUUACAGUAUUUCUAGUGAAUUGGAUAAUUUUGAGAUCACUUCAGUCGUGAGUAACAUUGAUCAACGCUAUUAUGGCAUCAAAAAGUGACGAUAAAGACGAAGUUUUUGAUCCAGAAGUUUGGCUAGAAAAUUUCAAUAAACGAGGACAGCAUCGGCCUCAACGAGUGAAAAUCAUUGAGGGAACUCUUAGGGCAUGUGAGAAUUUUAGAUACAAACUGCGAGAUGGAAAAGAAGUUGUUUUUGGGGACUUCGAAAGUGUGUCUCGUGAAGCUAGAAAAACUCGUUUGUACAACGAUGAAGAGCCACCGACAUCAAGUAGUGCUGAUUCAUUUAAAACUAAAAUUAAAGUUGUGAACAGCGAUUCCCUUGAAGAAGCAAUUAGACUUAAGAAUAAAGGCUUGAAUCCAGCAGUGCUAAAUAUGGCUUCUCCAAAACGACCAGGUGGCGGAUACCUGACUGGUGCUGGUGCCCAAGAAGAGAAUCUCUUUCGAAGAACAAACUACGUCCAACACUUAGCUGACCCAGAGAAGGAGUUUGAUCCUAAACGAAAAUGGACGUACAGACUCCCAGAGUUCUGCUGUGUUUAUUCGACGAAUGUCCAGAUAUUUCGCGCUUCCGAAACUCAAGGAUAUGCAUUCCUUCCAUCUCCAAUUCCCAUGUCAUUCAUAGCUAUCCCUGCAUACCCAAACCCCCCUUGUACAGGCUCCAAGGACGAGAAGCAGUUAACACCUAACAUGGUUGAAAAAGUUAAACGAAAAAUGAGAAUCAUGCUUUCAACUGCUCUUUAUCAAGGACAUGAUAGCCUCGUGUUGUCUGCUUGGGGGUGUGGUGCGUUCAGAAAUCCACCAAGGCACAUAGCAAAGUUAUUCCAAGCAGUACUUUCAGAACCUGUAUUUAAAAACCGAUAUCGACAUAUUUCUUUUGCGAUCUUAGAUGACCAUAACUCCAAGGGCGAAGAAAACUUUAAAGCUUUUUUUGAUACAUUUAAUGCUGUCGAAAAAUAAAAUAAAAACACCUCCA